AUGACGGCGGUGGUCGCCAUCCAUGGCCAGGAUCCGCAGGCCGACUGGCAGGCCAGCGUGCCCACCGGCCUGGCCGCUGCCUACACCGUCCUGGGGGUCCUAGGGGAGGGCACCUUUGGCAAGGUGUACCUGGUGCGCACACGCUCCGACCCGGGGCGCCUGCUGGCCGCCAAGCACAUCAAGCCGGGGAAGGAGGGCGAGGGCGUGUGUGCCACGGCCCUGCGUGAGAUCAGCCUGCUGCGCACGCUGCGCCACAUCAACAUCGUCAGGCUAGAUGACGUGCACAUGAACGUCAAGGACCUGUCCCUCUUCCUCUGCCUGGACUGCGCCGCGCACGACGUGUACGAGAUCCUGAAGUUCCACCGCGACUGCGGUACCCAGAUGCCGCUCUACACCUUCAAGUCCGUGGCCUGGCAGCUGCUGCGCGGCGUGGCUCACCUGCACGCCCACUGGGUGCUCCACCGCGACCUGAAGCCCAGCAACCUGCUGCUCAUGGGUCCCGGGGACGAACACGGCACGCUCAAGAUCGCCGACUUCGGGCUGGCCCGCGUCUUCCGCAACCCGCUGGAUCCCCUCUGGCACAACGGCGUCGUGGUGACCAUCUGGUACCGCGCGCCGGAGGUGCUGCUGGGCGCGCGCCACUACGGCUCGGGGGUAGACGUCUGGGCGGCGGGGUGCAUCCUCGGGGAGCUGCUGACGCUGCGGCCGCUGUUCCAGGGCGAGGAGAGGGCCGGACUGGAGCAUGGCGUCUUCCAGGCCGACCAGCUGCAAAGGAUCUUUGCGGUGAUGGGCCACCCAGGUGCGGGCGGCUGGGCUGACCUGGAGGCCCUGCGGCACUGGCGGGACAACACGGAGAACGUGCGGCUGCGGCGGCCCGACCAUGGCUCUCGCUCCCUCAAGCAGCUGCUGUGGGAGGAGUCGCCCCUGCUCAGGGCCAUGCCCAGCCCCGAGACCCUGGUGGACCUGAUGGGGCGCCUGCUGGCGCCAGACCCCAGCAAACGCAUGUCGGCGCAGGAGGCGCUGGCUCACCCUUUCUUCCAGUUGGACCCCUUGCCGGGGAUGAACGCGUUCGUGCAGUGUGGGAGGCAGCUGGUAGCAUACCCGAUCUUUGCGGUGAUGGGCCACCCAGGUGCGGGCGGCUGGGCUGACCUGGAGGCCCUGCGGCACUGGCGGGACAACACGGAGAACGUGCGGCUGCGGCGGCCCGACCAUGGCUCUCGCUCCCUCAAGCAGCUGCUGUGGGAGGAGUCGCCCCUGCUCAGGGCCAUGCCCAGCCCCGAGACCCUGGUGGACCUGAUGGGGCGCCUGCUGGCGCCAGACCCCAGCAAACGCAUGUCGGCGCAGGAGGCGCUGGCUCACCCUUUCUUCCAGUUGGACCCCUUGCCGGGGAUGAACGCGUUCGUGCAGUGUGGGAGGCAGCUGGUAGCAUACCCGCUGCCGGAGCACCUCCUGCUGGCCUGCUUCUCCUUCUGCGACUGGGACACGCGCUUCAACACCCUGCCCCGCGUCUGCUGCGCCUGGGCGGCCCUGGCCCUGGCCCCCCACCCCCAGCUCUGGGAAUCGGUCACCGUCGACUUCACGGCGCACAUGUGGCUGCGCGCCGCGCGGCUGACCGCCUGGCUGGCACGGCGCUCGCCCGCGGUGCGCGCGCUGUCGCUGCUCAACUCCGACACCAGCGCCGCACCGUGGGCGGGCGGGUGGGGCGCCGCUGCGCGCGUGCGGAGCCCCAUCCACGACUUCUACCCCCACACGGGCGAGGGCCUGCGACGUGUGCUGGAGCCUCUAGCUGCGCUGCGCACGCUGUGCGUCGUGCGCUGUGACGACCUGCUGCAGCGCGGCGCGCUUGCGCCCGCGCUGGCCGGCCUGCGCCACCUGCGCCGCCUGGAGGUGGCCACCGCCGGCCCCGCUACCUGGGCGGGCGUGGACUGGAGCGCGCUGCCGGAGCUGCGCCACCUGGACCUGCGCUGCGGGCCGCAGGAGGGGCUGGGCGCCUCCGCGCUGCGGGAGCUACCGGCGGCGGUGGGGGAACUGUGUGAGCUGCGGGAGCUGUCGCUCACCGGCUGCGCCCUGGGCGGCUGGGGCCGCGACGGCGCCGUCCAGGGGGGCCUGUGGGCCCUGCCACCGGAGCUGGCACGCUGCCCGUUGCAGCGACUGGAUCUCAUGCGCUGCGGCCUCACGGAGCUCCCCAUCGCUGUGGGCACCCUGGGCCGGCUGGAGGAGCUGAACCUGGGCUGCAACCACAUCAGCUGGCUCCCCACAAACCUCCAGGGGCUCGCCAGCUUGAAGUCCCUUUCCCUGUACAGCAAUGACCUGCGCGGCAUCCCCCCCGGCCUGGCCUGCCUCACAAACCUGGAGGAGCUGUUCCUGGAUGCCAACCCACGCCUGCAGUUUGGCGGGGGGGCCUCGGUCAUCACCCAGCUCCCAAAGCUGCGCUGCCUGUCAGUCAUGCAGGAGGGGUGCCACCACGACAUGCUGCUGGCGGCAUUCAAGUCACUGGAAAGGGCAUCCAUCCUGUUUGUAGCAUCCUGGCUGGCCCUGGGCGCGUCCUGGGCUCCACACGCGGGGGGCUGGCAGUCCAAACGAGGCGUACCUGGUCACUCCCUGGCCAUCCUGGGUCUGGGCACCCUGGCACUGGGCGUCGAUCUGGUGGCCGGCAGCCGACCCAGCAUCCUCGCUGUGGCCUGGCUGACCCUCUGGCUGGGCCUGGAGGUCUUCAGGGUGGCGUGGCGGGAGGGUUGGCGCCCACGGGCCCCCUCCACGCUCGGCCACGCGCUCUGGGCGCAGGCCGAGGACGCCCAUGCGGCGCUGGACGCCAUGUCAGCCACCUUCAUCCAGCACGUGGAGGGCCUGGCGCCCCUCCUGCUCAUGCUUGUCCUGCGUCUCGACAAGAACAUCUUUACGAUCAACCAGCUGACCCUGCCGGGCAUGGCAUGGCUGCUGGUCUCCACCACGGCAUGGGCGGCGAGUGCCACCCUCAGCGCCGCGCGUGCGUCGGGGGCCCGGCUGCUGGAGGGGCCGGCAUCCCUGCCGGGCACCCUGCCCCUGGCAUUGGGCCUCGUCUCGUGGGAGGCCUGGCACCAGCGCGUCGACAGCGUCGUGCCCAUAAUCGCCACCCUGGCCUCCUACAUCGCCGCCUCUGUGGCUGCUGCAUCGGGCGUGCACCAGCAGUCGCCUCCCGAGCUGGGCAACCAGCUGCACGACGACCCUUUCCUCCGGCAGCAGCUGCAGCGCCUGAUCCCUCCUGUCCACCUCGAUUCCGUAACGCGGGACCUGGAUAGAUUUGGGUGGGAGGUGGCCACGACCAUCAAGGACAUGGGCCGGCAAGCGGAGUUGGAGCCCCCCAGCCUUGUCAAGUAUGAUGCCUGGGGCCGGAGGCGGGACCAAGUGGCCACCUGCGAGGGCUGGAAGGGCCAGAAGGCGGUGUCCGCCAGAGAAGGCCUGGUGGGCCUGGCCUACGAGCGUCGCCAGGGGGAGGCCUCGCGCGUGGUGCAGGCCGCCAAGCUGUACCUGUACGGCGCCAGCUCCGGCCUCUUCAACUGCCCGCUGGCCAUGACCGACGGCGCCGCACGCCUCUGCGAGGUCCUCAGGUCUAGGCACCCCGAGCUGGGCGAGGCCUUCUCCCACCUCACCUCCCGUGACCCGGGCACCUUCUGGACCAGCGGACAGUGGAUGACUGAGAAGGCGGGGGGGUCCGACGUCGCCGCCGGAACCCAGACCCUGGCCGUGCCGGAGGUGGCGGGGUCGGGGGGCAUCGGAGCCUGGCACCGCCUGUCGGGGUACAAGUGGUUCACCUCCGCGGCAGACGGCGAGAUGGCCAUGGCCUUGGCCCGGGAGCUGGACUCCAGCGGCAGGCCCGAGCCUGGAAAUAGGGGCCUCUCCCUCUUCUACGUGCCCAUCGUCAGGGACGACCAGGGCUGCCCACAGGGUUUUGAGGUGGUGCGCCUGAAGGACAAGCUGGGUACCAAGCAGCUUCCCACCGCUGAGCUGGCCCUGGAUGGGCUGCGCGCCUUGAAGAUAUCCGAGAUGGGGAGGGGCGUACCGCUCAUCGCCACCAUGGUGAACAUCACGCGGUACCACAAUGCCUGCGCGGCCACCUCCCUCAUGCGCCGCAUCACCGCCCUGGCCCAGGACUACGCACGCCGGCGUCGCGCCUUCGGCCGCCUGCUGAUCGAGCAGCCCCUGGCGCUGCGCACGCUGAGCUGGAUGACGCAGCAGUGCGAGGCCUGCCUGGCUUUCACCCUGGAGGUGGCCCGCCUGCUGGGCCGCGGCGAGGCGGGGUCCGCCUCCCCCGCAGAAGCCUCCCUCCUGCGCACCCUGACCCCCCUGGCCAAGCUCUUCACCGCCAAGGCGGCGGUGGCGGUGGCCAGCGAGGGCGUGGAAUUCUUCGGCGGCGUGGGGUACGUCGAGUCCAGCGGCCUGCCCGGCAUCCUCCGUGACGCGCAGGUGCUGCCCAUCUGGGAGGGCACCACUAACGUGCUCAGCCUGGACCUGCUGCGCGCGCUGGGCGCCGACGCGCGGGCCGGCGACGCUUUCUUAUUGGAGGCCCGGCGCCGCGCCGCGCGGGCCGCUGACUCGGCGGGGGGGGGGCUGGGGGUGGGAGGCGGGGCGGGUGAGGGAUUCGAAGAGUCGGCGCAGCUCCCGGCAGGAAGGGCCGCACAGGAGGUGGUGCGCUGUGCGGCCGCCACGAUCGUGGCGGCAUUGGAUGCGCUGGAGGUCACGCUACGCUCUGUGCUGCGCUCCGGGCCUGCCGGCGACGAGGCCCAGGUCGGGGCAAGGGACUUGGCCAUGGCCAUGGCACGCGCCUUUGUGGCAGUGCUGCUGCUGGAGCAUGCGGCGGGGACGGGGUCGGCGCGGGAUACGCUGGCGGUGGAGGAGUGGUGCCGGCACAGGCUGCCCCUCCACCCUGGCACGGGCGUGAUGGAGACCAGGCCCAGCGCUGCGAUGCAGCUCCAGACGGCGGCCCUCCUGGCACGGGUGGGGGAGGUGCCGUCCUCGCCCCGCGCCCGGUUCUGA